AGCCGAGCUCCAGGUCCAUUGAGCCGAAAUAUAUAAAUAAAAUAAUUCGCCGAGCCGCCCCCGCCGCCGCUGACGAAAGCAACGCCCGCCCCGCCGUCGUGCGGCAGGCAAACCCCGGCGGCGUUUGAGCACCGCGCUGUUGCUUAAAUCAACUCAACUGCUGCUGUUUGCUCCCUCCCUUCUUCCCUCCCGCGUGUCGUCGGCGCUUGCAAUGCCAGCGACGUCUCCAUCCCCGUCCACUCGCUUCUAUGUUCCACGCCGCGCGCAGGCGGACGCCGCCUCUCCCUGCCGCUCUCGCCGCCUUCUUCUUCGCCUCCAAGCCCCAGCCACCACCGCUGCCAUCACCGCAGCUCGUCGACGCCGCUGUCUCCCGCUGCCCCUCCGACGCCCUCGCGCUCUCCUUCUUCCUCUGGUGCGCCCGGCGCCCCGGCUACUUCCACCCGCCCUCCUCCUUCGACCGCCUCCUUCCAGCCGGCACCCGCCUCGCCUCCCGCCUCCGCACCGCCCCCGCCCUCCUCCGCGAGCUCCAGGGCCUCGGCUGCCCCGUCAAGCCCCAGACUUUCCUGCUCCUGCUCAGGCUCUACUGGCGCGGGGGCCUUUACCCGCUCGUGCUCCAGCUGUUCGACCAAAUGCCGCUCUGGGGAUUCCGUCCCAACGCCUUCGCCUGCAACGUCGUCCUCGAUGUCCUGCUCAGGACAGGCGACGUCGACGCCGCGCGCCGCAACUUGCGGGACAACCCGGCGCCCAACUACCUCACCUACGCCAUCGUGCUCACUCAUCUCUGCAGAGCCGGGGACUGGUCAGGGGUGCGGAGCUGUUUUGUCGAAAUGCUGCGGCUGGGGUUUCUCCCCAGCGCUGCUUCUCUCACGGCGGUUUUCGCUUGCUGCAGUAAGGCUGGAACCGUGUCCGAGCAUCUGCAGCUGCUGUCGUUCACACAUGUCUCGGGCUGCAAGCUCACCUCGGCCAUGUGGACAUGUUUGAUCGCUCAUCUGUGCCGCGAGGGGAGGCUAGAAGAAGCUUGUAGGAUGCUGGGAAAGAUGGCGGGUUCUAGUUCUUCUCCCACGGUGGUCACAUACACGCCGCUUGUUAGAGCAUUCUUGCGAGCUGGGAAGCAUGACAUGGUCAGCGAGCUUUUGGGAUACAUGGUGUCCACUGGUUGCAACCCAGACCUUGUUCUGUACAAUGUUCUGAUGGACUGCAUGGCCAAGGAGAGGAGAUAUGAUGUCGCCCUGGACAUUUACAUGCAUAUUCAUGGCAGCCAGAUAAAGCCGGAUGCAUACACACUUUCUACUUUAACUCGGGUUUUACAGUUGUCGUCUAACAUAAAUCUUCUUCCCAGAUUGAUUCGGGGCUCAGACAUCUCUUAUGAUCUUGUGGCCUGCAAUUCUGUGCUGAGUGCUCUGUGCAACUCGGGUUUUCCAUCAGAAGCCAUCCGGUUCUACAUUGAUAUGAUUGGUAAGUGUAUCUGGCCAGACAGCUACACUUAUGUUGGGUUAUUGGAUAGUCUGUGCCAGCUGGGAAGGGUAAACCAUGCAAUCAGUGUCUACCGCAGUAUUGUUGUGAGCAAUCCUGGAUCAAAUUCCUAUGUCCAUUCAGCCAUCCUCUGUGGUCUUGUUAGACAGGGCCAAUAUGUUUUGGCCUUAAGAAUUUUGAGGGAGGCUGUACGUGAAAAUUAUGCUCUUGAUGUUGUGUGCUACACUAUUGUUUUACAUGGUCUUUUCUGCGCUCAUCUGGUGGAAGAGGCUUGCAGGUUGUUUGACCAGAUGAAAUGUUCAGGAAUGGCAUCCAACACUUGUACAUACAAUGUAAUGCUUCGUGGACUUUGUAGGACCAGGGAUCUGCAUGCUGUCAAGGAGUUGCUAACAGAAAUGAUAUUUGCAGAUGUUGAGAUGGACAGUAUAUCAUUCAACACAGUAGUUGUGCUCUUAAUUAAGUCACGGCGUAUUGGCUCAGCUGCUGCAAUGAUCAGAGAAAUGCUUAAUCUAGGCAUGCAGCCUAGUACCAAAACCUGCUCAUUACUUUCUCAGUCUGUUGGCUAUAAGUUCGUUCUGGAGGAUAAUACCACGGCCACUGUUGAAACUGAUGGGUCUGACUCAUCCAGUGAUUUCCUUGUAUGCUCAGCUGUAUAGGCAAUAUUAUGUCAACUGAACAAGCAUACUGUUUGGCUGUGCACAGUUGCAUACAUAUACAAACUACUGCCUUCCAUAACGUAGUACUUACUUUAUCUGCCAGAGUCCAUCUAUCAAUCGCGGGUGUUCUUUUUUGAAGAACAUCUACUUGGGUGAAGUGCUUGUGGCAAUCAAUACAAUUUUCUGGUAGCAACUCCUUUUACUGGUUGGUUGGUUCUAGCUGAAAUACAUUGCUCUAUAAUAAUGCAGUGACGAUCCUGUGUUCUCUUAUCCUUUCCAAGGUUGUGCCCCCUUAUACUGUGGUGAAACCGAGCCAUCUGCACAACUUUAUUUGGUGCAGGAAAUGAAGUGGUCUGGUAUUAUAAAUAUUGGAUCUUUCUGCAGACUUGCAGUUAAAAUUAGGGGUUUACACUUUAAAUGAUUUUGCAACAUGGCCCAUGCACUUGAUUGGAGAGAAAGUGCAGGCACACGAUUCAAAUGAGAGCAAACUCUAAAGAAAUGAAAAAUCAGAAAGAACCAAAACAGUGAUACCACCUUUUGAUGUACUAGAUAUAUCCUAUGUUUUCUGCUCUGUAAUGAGAUUGAGCUGCAAAGUAACCUGUUGUCUAAAGCACAGGAUGUUCUUUAGGUCUGCUGCAGAACCCGAAUGCUGUUUGGUUGUUUUCUGCAAUUUCCUGUAUCAAUCCAGUAAGAGCUGUAAGUUUCAGCACAUACUGGGUCAAGGGAAAGAGAACGACCCGCCUAACUGCGAGUUGGCAGCUUGUGAUGGAGGCUUGAUCGCAAUCCAGAGCAAUGAGAUGGUGAUGGCGACAAGUCCAGACCAGACAUACACGAUAGUGGGUGUCCUGCCUCUCCUGCCCAUGAGCCCCUUUGCAAAUGGAUAUAAAUGAGCGAGCACCCAGAAGCUGAAAAACACUCCCCCAAGAAGCUUGCUCCAUUGUGGGAUUGUGCUGUAAAUGGUUCGGCUGAAGCCGACAGCAAUGGCAACAAGGUUGAUCAUGAUGAUGGUGAGGGGUGGUAUCAUUAAUGAUGUCCAUUUCACUGUGUAGAGUUCUGCAAAUUCAUCCUCCACAUCGUCACCCACUUGCUUCGAUGUGAGUGUAAAUGAGAUCUCAAUCCCUGCAAUCACUUUCAGAAGACCUUGCAGCACAGCAGCCAGGUGAGCACUAGUUCCACCAAUGAGCCAGAAUUGUUCAUUUCGCCACCACUCCUCAAGUGCAAUCCCAGACCACUUGAUCUCCAACAUGGCCAAGAGGCAAAGCGUGAUGGUGAUGAUAAGUAGGUAUGUCAGGAAGGUAACAUUGAGUGUUUGCACAAUAAACUGUCCUGAGAAGAGGGAGAGUGCUGGAAGGAAGCAGUAGACAAUGAGGAAGAUGGAUGUGAAGGGAUAGAUACCAACAUUAAGGUAUGCAAUCCUUUGGAGCACCUGUUGACACAGAGAAGAUUGGUCAUUUUUCCAAUGAAGAUUCUUGAGGGGUAGUAAUUCUUGAGGGGCGUAUAGUGCAUACCUUCAUCUUGGAGCUGGCAAACAAUGCGUUGUUGCGGGAGAAGAAGAUCUCAACAGAACCAGUAGCCCAUCGAAGCACCUGGUGAAGGCGGUCGGUAAGGUUGAUAGGAGCGGUGCCACGGAAGGCAUCACGCUGUGUGACACAAUACACCGACUUCCAUCCACGAUUGUGCAUGCGGUACCCUGUCACAACAUCCUCCGUGACAGACCCAUAGAUCCACCCCACCCGUAUACCCCAUUCUGUCUUCUCCUCAUACCAACAUGAGAUCACACUGAUUGCUUCUGCCACAAUGGAUGCAUCCAGCAUGUCACGUGGAAUUGUUAGAGCACCAGGUGGACGCCCAUUCUUGACAGAUGGAUGGUCAGCCAAGGGCCUACUCUGGAACUCUGCUACUGGAAUGGAGUCAAUCAGAAAGCUCGAAUUUCCAAACUUCUUUGGAAAUGUUGCGAGGUUCAUGCUGUCCCCAUCAAAAUCACCCAUGCGAAGAGCCAUUGUCUCCUCGGAGUUGGCAUUGGAAGCCGACGCCUUGCGGCGGCGUGGGAGGCAGCAACUACAGAAUCCUGGGCUGUGAUCUUUGGAACGAGGUGGGUCAAAGCCAUAGAGGGCAAUUCGACGAAAGAGGCAUCCAGUACCAACGUACACUGGUCCUUGCAGACCAUCAAGUGCACGCAUGUUAACAUCGAAGAAGACGGUGUUGUGGUUUGCAUAACGAUCAGAAGGGUCAAUGCCUUCAAACCGCUGAGGGAACUGCACAUAGCAGAGGCGGUCACCACCACGGUCCAUCAUGAAGCACAUACCCUCCCUCAAGGCCUUUGAGUUGUAGACAUAGUGAUCACAGUCCAGAUUAAGAAUGAAUGGACCAUUGGACAUGAUUGCUGAUGCACGGACCAGUGCGUUCAUAGCACCUGCUUUUUUAUUGUGAUCAUAUCCUGGGCGCUUCUCUCUUGACACAUACACCAACAUUGGAAGCCGUGUAUCCACUACUGAAAAGUCAAGAGGUGACUUUUCAUUGAUGUUCCCGUACAUCGGCAUGUCACUUGGUGGUUUCAGCAUAACCUGAGAUACACAAGAAUGCACAUGUUAGUAUGGUUCUUGGCUAGAUGGAGCUUUGUGAUCGAAGCAGCACCUGUAUGAUUCCUGCAUGAUCACCUCGAGCAUGAUCCUGUGAGGGGUGGAGCCAUGUGCCGGGCCAGUGAGUGCUAUCAGCCAUCCAUGUUCCCUUGGGAAUCUUCACUGGCUCAAAUGGCUCAUCACCACCAGCCUUCAUCUUUUCUCUCUGAAGGUUCAUUGCCUGGAUCUCUUCACGGGCAUGGUGUGCAUCAGAACGGCGGCGGAUGGCAUCUGGCAAGCCAUUAACACGGACCUUGAACUCGUCAUAUUCACGCUUGAUCCGCCUUCUGUCCUUGACGAAGUCCGGCUUUACCUUGUUCUUGAAGGGAUCUCUCUUCAGGUUAAAGUAGCUGUCAGGGUUUCUGGGUUCGAUGUCAUGCUUCCUGCAGAAUGGCACCCAGAGAUUAGCAAAGCUUGCUGCUUCAGCCAUCGCUUCGAAGGUGAGCAGUGCCCCUCCAUCAUCUGACAGGUAACAUGCAAGCUUCUCAACAGGGUACUCAGCUGCGAGGAUGGAGAGAAUGGUGUUUGCAGUGACCAGGACCGGUUCCUUCUCUGGAUCAGCAGUCGACACAAAGAUAUCAAUUCCAGGGAGAUCGGAUUUGCCUGUUGGAUUGUUAGGUGUUGGCGUCUCAAACUUUUCCUUCAGCACUGAGAGGUCUGUAGCACGGUUGAUAGGGCAGAGCUUUGGAAGCUGGUCCAGUACCCACGAAAACGCAAACCAGAGCUCACAAACAAUUGACAUUCCCCAGAGCCAAAUGGCAUCAUCGUUUUGGUGCUUGAUACGCCACAUGAGGAAGAAGGCCAGUGCAACCAAGCGGAUGAGGACGAGGAGCCUGUAUGGGAGGAACAAUGAGAACAACUAGACAAAGAGGAAGGUGCAACAAAGUGGCAAUGCAGUAGAAGCCGAUGUAGUUCUUUUAAAUGCAGCAAUAGAAUUCAAUAUCUAGUACUGUGCAAAUUUGGAUUUUUUAGUGUUUUCUUCUCCCAAAGUUUUUUUCAUUUUCUAGAAACUCUCGAAGUUUUUUUUGGGUGUAAUGACUAGAAUCAUAGGCGCAUCUGCAUCAUAAACAUAACUACUCUGUGUACAGGCUGUUAUGGUCUCUGGUAGUAUUUAGACCACUCACAACAUGUAUUCAUGAAGUGAAAUGAAUGGUAUAACACGGUUGUUCAUUGGAUUUUAUU